AUGGAAGAAAGUUAUGAAUCUGAUCACCGUAUCUCAGCAGGGAGGCAAGAAAUUCGAAAGAGAAGACGACCCAGCCAACCAAUGGUAGAUAAAUCCCAGCACACUGAAGUGACAGAGAAAAAGAAACACUUGUCUAUACCACAAUCAUCUGGCCCCAAAGGUACCCUUAGUAUUGACAAUAUUCCUGGAAGCAAAUUCAACUAUGAAUGUCGUAGAGUAUCUUCUCAACUUCAGCAAACUUACAAGAGAAAGCGUGUACAUGAUAUGACUGAUAAAUCUCUGCAGACAGAAACUACUGCAGAAGAGAAAAAAGAAGAAAUCAAGUCAGUCUGUGAAACAGUGGUACCUGAAGAAAAGCCAGCUGCUAUUGGAGAAGCAGCCCCUGAAUUUCCAGAGAGUGUUCAGGAAGUAGAAAUUCCACCAAGCAGACACUCAGUUCAACUCAAAACAGACAGACCUCAGCAGACCAGUUGUACUGGAGACUGGACAAUGAUGAACAUUCCUUAAAAAGGAAAAGUAGACAAGGAAGAGCAGACAUACUUUAGUGAAUAAGAAAUAGUGGUUAUUGGCUGGCCAAGUAAUCCUUUUUCAAAGUCAAAGGAGAUGCAGAAACGGAAAUCCUCAGGGAAGAUUUUUGUUACUGAACAUCCUGAAUUUCAACCCACAACAAGUAACAACGAAGAAAUUAGGCAGCAAAGUAUUAACAGAGCUUUAUCUAUUCCACCAACCAAAAAAGAUGCUCCAGUACUUUUAGAAGAUGGGAAAGAUGUUCCAGCUGAAGUACAGCCUCCUGCUGCAGAAGAGAUCUCUGCUGAAGUGCAGCUCCCACUAACUGAGGAGAUUACUGCAGAAGAGGUUUCUGCUGAAGUUCAACCUCCAGCAUCUGAAGAGGCUCCUGCUGAAGUACAGCCUUCCCCAGCAGAAGAGGCUCCUGGAGAUGAGGCCCCUGCUAAAGUAGAGCCCACCUCAGCUGAAGAGACUCUUUUAAAAGAGCCUCCUGCUGAAGUUCAGCCUCCAGCAGCUGAAGACGCUCCUACACAAGAGGUCCCAGAACUUCAAAUUUCACCAGCUGUGGAGUCCCCUGCAGAAGAGGCCCCAGCUGAAGUUGAGUCUCCUCCAGCUGAGGUGGCCUCUGCUGAGCUUCAGUCUCUACCAGCUGAGGAGGCCCCUGCAGAAGAGGUCCCAGAAGUUCAGUCUCUACCAGCUGAGGAGACCCCUGCAGAAGAGGCCACAGAAGAAGUUCAGUCUGCACAAACUGAGAAUGCCCCUGCAGAGAAGUCCUCUGCCAACAUUCAGUCUCCACCCACUGAGGAGACCUCUGCAGAAGAGGUCCCAGAAGAAGUUCAGUCUCUGCCAGCUGAGGACAUCCCUGCAGAAGAGGCCUCCACCAAAGUUCAGCCUCCACCAGCUGAGAAGACCCUUGCAGAAGAGGCUGCAGCUGAACUUCAACCUCUGCCAGCAGAGGAGCCUUCUGCAGAGGAGACCCCUGCUGAAUUUCAGCCGCCAUCAACUGAAGAAACUACUUCGGAAAUGUUCUCUGUUGACAAACAGUCUUCACUAGCUGAAGUGUCCUUUAUUACACAAAUCUCUAUAAAAGAAACCUCUGCUGAAGUUCUGCUUCCACGAUCUGAGCAAACACCUACAGAUGAAGCUCUGGUAGAGAAUGUGUCUAUGGUUUAUCAGUCUCCCCAGGCAGCGGACAUCCUGGUGGUAAAAUUAGGAUCAGGGGUUUUGGAAGAUAAGCCAAAAUCUGAAGAGCCUUCAGAAUGGGAUACAGUUCCUGAAGAUUCAUCUGAUACCAAGAAUGAAGAGGUUUCUAUUAAAAUAAAGGGUGUCAUCCAUAUAGAACUGGAAUAG